AUGACUUGGGCAGACUCACUCAUAAGAAAAGGCUACGUUGUCCAUUGGAUUCUCGACGGAUUGCCAGGCGCCACAACUUUUGAGAGCUCCAACUCCAGGUCGAAGUACUAUGCAGCCGGUUUUCCACUCGGGUUCGUUCAGAACGACGUAUCUUACUACUACAACCACGUCGUUCUUGUGGUGAGGUACCAUACUGAACUGGACGGAAGCUACUCGAUUGUUGGCUUCGAGGUCUACCCCAAGAGUGUAAUUGAUGAGACAUGCCCAGGGUCAUCGAAGAAUUACAAAAAUUUCCCUAUCAUUCUCAAGGAUGCUCAAGGUAAGCCAAAAGAAGGUAGGACAAUUAUUCCGUACACUUAUGCUGUUUACUGGAGAGAGGAUAUCUCGGUAGGACAUGAGAAUCGCUGGGACCUUUAUUACGAGAAUGACAAUUCGGCUUCCUCCCGGAAAAUUCAUUGGAUAUCCUUGGUCAACUCACUUGUUCUCGUGUGUCUUGUUUCCCUCAUAGUGGCCAUUGUGAUGGUAAGAUUCCUCAAAUCAGACCUUAAGACUGGACCAGUCAUCCCCACUACCGACCUGAAAGCUGACUAUGAGCAAAACCUGUGGAAAGCUUUAUCGGAUGUAGCUGUUCAGAGUCCAUUUGCACCUCUUCUACUCAGCAGCUUGUGCGCUGCCGGUGUCCAGAUACUCGUUGCUAUGAUAGGAGUUGUUGUCAUUUUCGUCUUGAAUUCCAAACUUAGCUUGAGCCCAGGUACUUCCUCCAGUAUCUUCUUUGAGAACCAUCAAAGCACAAUCUUUUCAUGCUCGGUCUUCUUCUUAUUGGCAUCAGGUUUCGUGUCGUCAUACGCCGGCGUUAUCUUGCACAAGCUAUUGAAGAAUGAUCACCCCAACACCACGUUUGAAAUCGGUACUGUGAGUCUCUUGGGAGCGAUUUUCGCAGGGCUUCUUCCAUUCCUUGUGAUGGGUGCAUAUCUUGUCAUCAAUUUGUUUGUAUGGGCGAAGGAAUCAUCCAACGCUUUGCCCUUCGGUACCAUCGUACUCCUCAUUUUGAUGUUUGCUCUCAUACAAAUACCUUUGGGAAUUGCAGGAGCCUACUAUGGUAACAAGUUCAAGUUUCUGAACAAGUCCUGUUUCAUCAACUCAUAUGUCCCAGCCGAGAAAGGCGGAAAGAAAUCAAGCUCGAAACGCCAGCAAUUCCUCGCACCAGCCGUCAGUACCUUUGCUUUCGGACUCAUCCCAUUCGGAAUUGUCUAUGUGGACCUUCUCUUCAUCUUCAAUUCAGUUUGGCUUGAGAAAACUACAUUCUACUACAUGUAUGGGUUCUUGCUACUUACCACAAUGCUUUUGCUUAUCGUGAUUGCAGAAUCAUCAAUUGUGGCUACCUAUAUCACCUUGACUGCUUUCAAAAACCCCAAUUGGCAAUGGCUCUGUUUCCAAGUGGGCUCUAGCAUUGGAUGGUACAUUUAUGGGUACACCACAUACUAUUUCGUUCGCUAUCUUCAAAUGAGUGAUAUCGUGAGCGUGCUUAUCUAUUUCGCCUAUAUGGCGAUGGUGUCGGCGGCUGUCGGCGUGGCUGGAGGAGCCGUGGGUGUUGUCACGGCAACAGUAUUUAUCAGAAAGAUCUACGGAGCAAUCAAGGUGGAUUAG